AUGAAAGAACUCAUUAAAGAACUUGCAUACAGAAUAUUAACAGAAGAAUUAGCAAGUGAACUAAAACCAUCAGGAAAAAUAAAGAAGAGGAAGCAGGGCAUGAUUAAAAUACUGUGUAAGUUAUGCAAUACACAAGUAAACAGUGUCGUAUUCACUAAGCACUUAGAAAGGUGCAAUAAACAGCAAGUACCAACUAAAAAAGAAAAAAUUAAAGCAUAACUUAUUACACAAUAUACUAUAAAUAACC